AUGGCGCUGGUCCAGUUGCUAGACACUUUUCUGACCACUCCAGAGGGCAAGGAGAAGAUUCCCGAGUUCCAGCAAAGCAACAGUCAGCUGAGUAAGUGGCUUCCUCAUCACUUGGUUGAGUUGCGCCACGCCAGAGGCUUGAAGCGCUGAUGAGAUGGGAGCCACGCACAUCUGCUCGGGUGAUAGUGGAUGUGACUCACAGUCCAAAGGUCAGCGAGCAUCAAGUGAUGGGAUUCUUCAGGAUUCGCAAAGGAGAGCCAUUGCACUACAAGUACACCGUGAGUGACUUCAUUGGGCGCUCGCCCUCUUGAUCCCCUUUUCGGUCUUUGCGCUGUUUUGCGUUGCACAGCCUCGUUCGUGGUGCACAAGAUUUGUGCGACUCAAAAGUUCUGAUUUUUUCUUCACCAUUCGUGGCGACGCAGUACAACGAGCUCAAAUACGUCAUCUCUGGCUCCAUUAUCGUCAAGGACAAGACCACAGGCAUAACGCAUCACGCCAAAGCUGGAAACGUCUUCAAUUUUUCUAUAGGAGCGGAUGUCGAGUUCACCUCGGAGGAUGAAGGACUUGCCGUCUUUUCUGGUCAGAGGGACCCGCUCUAA